CGAGCCGGGGUCCCCCGUCGCCAGAGGAGCCGGGCGCUCGGGCCUCUCCGCGCGGCCCCCGAGGUCUGCGCCCGGGAAGCGCUCCAGCCUCUUUGCGGGGACAACAAGAGCACAUCGGUGCGGAUCCCCGGCUGGACUCGUGGGGAUCUCGGCAAAGAUCCAGGUGUACGACGACGCCUUCGUCCACCCCGCUCUGCGGAUGCGAAGCGCAGUUGACACGAAACCCCACGCCUUUAUGUCCCCUGUUUUUCUCUUCAAGAGAAACCCCAUGCCUUUAUGUCCUCUCUUUUUCUCGUCAAGGGAAGCCCAACACAUUUAUGUCCUCUCUUUUUCUCUUGAAGAGAAAACAAACGGUUCUCUGGGACAGCUCAGACAGGGAAGUGCAGUUAUGAGAAGGGCCUUUUCUUUUUCUUGAAGAGAAAAACAGAGGACAUAAAGGCGUCGGGUUUCGUACCAAUAGAGGGUAGAGGACAACCGGACUGUCUUUAUGAUGGCAGCCCCACCGCGGAGUCAGUGAUCCUCAAGCACCCGUGUCGCUGGACCAGAUGCUUUGUGCAGACGCCUGACUCUCAAAACCAGGGCUUUCUUCCCAGCUUUGGAGUGGCCUGAGGUCUCUCGGUGGCCAGAGGAAACGCUGUAAGGACACGUUGAAGGUAGACCUGGAGGAAAUGGAUGGCAAUGUUGAGAGCUGGGAGGAACGGACUGCUGAUUGACUCAGGACAGAAGUUGCACAUAAACUGGUCCCUGACUGUGCGCUUCCUCACCAGGCGCUUCAUUGGGGAAUACGGAGAUACGAAAUCCAUCUACAGCCACAGCCUGGCUGUGGAGGGCAGGGAGAUCCUCUUCCACAUUUGGGACUUCUCUUAUUCACAGGAUGGAGCAGAUGAAAGCUCUGCAGAGGAGAAGAGGGUCCAAUGGGCAGAUGGUUUUAUCCUGGUCUACAGCAUCUGUGACCGUGCCAGUUUCAACAUCCUGCACCCCAAAGUCCAGUUCAUUAAGGCAGCCAAGGAAGCUACUAGCCAGGAAAAGGUGCCCAUUGUCAUUGUGGGCAACAAACGGGACCUGCAUCACCAGCGGGUGGUCUCCAGCGAGGAGGGGCGGCUCCUGGCGCUGUCCGUGGACUGCGGGUUCUAUGAGGUCUCUGCGGCUGAGGCCUAUCACGGGUCACUCAUGGUCUUCCAGGGGCUGGCUGAGCGCUUCUGUGAGGCCAAGCUGGCACCAAAGAGGGGCACUGGGAUCCGCGGCAUCGUAAAGAGUAUGUCAGCUGUGUUUGCCCGGAAGAGAACAGACUCACUCUGAGUUGGAGCCUGGGCAUUGUUUCUCCAUGUGCUUUCAGGUGGGAAUGCCACUGUGCCUGGUCUCCAUUGUUAAAUUAAUCCCCCAGUGCCCAUGGAGGGGGGCAUAUGUUUGAAUGAGUAAACUGCCCCCCCACCAAUGCCUCCAGCCUCAGGGUGAUGGUGGAGACUGCCCCUGCUGCAAUAUAGGCUCACUGCAACCUUUGGCCAUAGACCCUUUCCAUAUUGACUCCUGGGAGACCAUCCUGUCCAUUCCCAGGGGGCUGGAGCACUUCUGUACAAUUACUUGCACACUGCCCUGAUGAGCUAUAAAUGUCCCAAGCUCCCACUUUUCCUUUGCGGAGAUAAUUCCUCAAUUCCUAUAUUUCCCUGUUCCUAUUUAUUAUAUAUAAUACAGCAACUUCCAGAGACCUCUGUCAGGGUUGGGGCCCCAUUGUGUUGAGCUGUCUUCAUCCUACUACAUCUAGGUGCCCCUUGGUUUUACUGUGUUAUGUAACUACUUUCUCAGUACUGAAAAACUCCAAGGUAUCUUCUUGAUGGUUUUGCACCCUCUGCACUCAUGGGCCCUCAGCUGUCCUGCCUUCUCCUGCUAGGACAACUGAGGAUGGAGGAGUGGCCAUCCUUCUCAGACAGUGGCUUUCUUCCUUUUAGCCCUCCAUUCCUCAGAGUUAUGUCAUUGGGAACACACACUUGGCCUGUGGCUGUUUCUGACGCCACUGCUGUAGCAUGUGAGCAGUUCCCAGUCUGCUGUUCAUCCUCACAACAGAUACAUGUGGCGGGGGAGUCCCAUUGUGCAGGGAGGGAAGUGAGGGACAUAGAAACAAUAUGAGAUUAGUCACUCAGGAAGUCUAUUAUAGAGCAGGGAAGGGCACCCUGGCCUCAAGAGUCCCACCUGGAGGUGGCACCAGAGGAUGUACCUUUACUGUUUGGCCCUUUCCAGAGCUAAGGUAGCUCUGGAAAAGACACGAAGAGCAAUCUGCAUAGGCUGAUUGCAGGUGGCAGUCUCCUCUUCCAUGCUCUUUGGCUUCUCAGAUGUCUGCAUUUUCAGCUGGGAUUUAGAGUUUGUGGCCAAGCCCUUCUCCAGCAUCCCAUUCCGUUCCUCUUCUGUGAAAUCUUAACUGGUUACCAGGUUGUUAUGGUGUGAUUAGGUGCCUAGAGCUACCCUUGCCAACCAGCUUCUCCUCCUGGUCUUUUACUUACAACGGGCAUCUAAAUGACAUAUUGUCCAAACACGUAAAACGGGGCAAGAUACAGUGACUUGGCUGGUUCCUGGGACACAGAACUGUGGAGCAAGAUAUGGUGCAUCUGUCCUGGGUUCUCAGGAGGCUUGGGUUGUCUGCUCAGUGCUUGCCUACCCCCUGGGGUUGAAGGAAGCUAUGUGGGGAAGGGCUGAAGUCUGAAUGGAUCUGGGUAUCUGGCUUCUUCCUGAAAGCCCCAUUCCACCCUGAAUGUGAAGAGAAUGCUCCCCUCAACCUGCCCCAUGCCCUUCACCAGUGCCUUGGGAGGCUCCUGCCAUGUGAUGUUGGUGCCUCACAGUUCCUGAGUGUAAAUGAGAGGAUGUGGCUGUAAACCUAGUAAUUUCUGUGCUGAUAUGGUGUGUAAAUUAAAUAA